GGUGUUGUGAGGGAGGCUUGGCGGAGCAGGACAGUCAGUGCCAGGAUGACUGUUGUGGUGUUGGCUGCUGUUGUGGUGGCCGCUGGUGUGGCGGCUGUUGUUGUGGUGGGAACUGUGGUGAGCGAGGCAACCACAGAGGCACCAGACGGACCUCACCACUCUGGCGUCACCUGUCUUGGUGAUGCUCACGCGAGGGUGGGCCAGGAGAGAUGUCUGGAGGUGGGGUGUGUGUGGGCGCCCCAGGGCGACGCUCCUAGCUGCUACUUCCCUCCGCCCUCCUCCCAUGGCUAUGAGAUCAAGACCUCCCCGGUGAACCCUUCUGUGGGAGUGACUAGCCUAAGGGUGGCGCUGAAGGAUACCUCAGCACGCGUGGUACAGGCUAUGAAGGAGGAGCUGCUAGUGGAGAUGACAGAGUAUGGGCAGGAUGUGUUUAGGAUCAAGGUGAGGGUGCCAGGGGAGGCGCGGUACGAGGUGCCGGUUGGCCUUCACCUGCCCGGGGUGGACCACGCCGACAACCCUCGGUACAACGUCACCUUCACCGCCCCGGGACAAACACCUGACAACACUGACUUCGCCGUCAUCGUCACAAGGGCGGCUACUGGCAGCGUCAUCUUCGACACGAGCGUCGGCGGCUUGACAUACGCCGACCAGUUCCUGCAGGUGUCGACCAGACUGGCCUCGUCCAACCUCUACGGGCUGGGGGAGUCCGCCCACCCCACCCUCAGGCACAACCUCAACUACCUCACCUGGCCCAUGUUCGCUAGAGACCAGCCUCCAGCAGGGGUGGGAGAGAACCUAUACGGCGCUCAUCCCAUGUACCUGGUCGUGGAGGCCGACGGCAGCGCCCACGUUGUUCUUUGGCUCAACAGCAACGCCAUGGAGGCCGAGACGAUGCCCUUGCCGGGCCUGACCUUGAGGGCCAUCGGGGGCAUCAUGGACCUGUACUUCUUCAUGGGCCCCAGCCCUAGGGAGGCGCUGCAGCAGUACGCACAGGUGGUGGGGCUUCCCGCCCUCCCGCCCUACUGGGCCCUCGGCUUCCAACUCUGCAGAUACGGCUACAACAGCCUGGACACACUGAAGGCCGCAGUCUCCCGCACCCGCCGUCACGGCCUCCCGCAGGACGUCCAGUACGCUGACAUCGACCACAUGGACCGUCGUAUGGACUUCACCUACGAUAAUAUCAGCUUCGCCGGCCUCCCGGAGUAUAUCAGACAGGUCAAGGGUCAGGGGCUCCGCUUUAUCAUCAUUCUUGACCCGGCCAUCAACGCUGAGAUGAGUGCAGAGGAGUACGGGGUGCAUGCCAGGGCCCUACAGAAGGAUGUGUACAUCAAGUGGCCUCAAGACCUCGUCCCUGCAGACAACUUCAACGCUGGCGACAUCAUGCUGGGAUAUGUGUGGCCAGAUAACCGGACGGCGUUUCCGGACUUCUUCCGGACGUCAACAAAGGAAUGGUGGCAGGAGGAGAUAGUCCAGUUGCAUAAAACACUGGAAUUUGAUGGACUCUGGAUUGACAUGAACGAGCCCGCCAACUUCGGCACCAACGAGCGCCAACCAUGGAACUGGCUGGAAGGUUCGCUGCCCUGGAGCCUGACCUGCCCCAACUCCACCUGGGACGACCCUCCCUACGUCACUGCCGCAGUAACUGCAUGGGGCCAGGGAAAGAGACUGUCGGAGAAGACGGUGUGCAUGGUGGGGCUGCAGGGGGAGAGGAGAGAACUGCGGCAUUACGACGUUCACAAUCUCUACGGCUGGUCACAAACUCUGCCCACGCUCCUGGCGCUGCAGGAGGCGACGCGGAAGAGAGGUGUGGUGGUGAGCAGGUCAACCUUCCCGAGUAGUGGCAGGUGGGCAGGUCACUGGCUGGGAGACAACAGUGCUCUGUGGGCUGACCUCCGCAAAUCUAUCAUAGGCAUGAUAGAGUUCAACAUGUUCGGGGUGCCGUACGUGGGCGCCGACAUCUGCGGGUUCUUCGGGAACACGACGGAGGAGCUGUGUGAGCGGUGGAUGGAGCUCGGGGCCUUCUACCCCUACAGUCGCAGCCACAACACUCUGGUAGCCUCCGAUCAUGACCCUGGACUGUGGCCGAGCGUGGCAGCUUCAGCUCGCACAGCCCUGCAGGUGCGGUACACCCUGCUCCCCUACCUCUACACCCUACACUUCCUCGCCCACACCCAGGGCCACACCGUCGUCAGGGCGCUAUUCUUCGAAUUUCCCGAUAUCCCAGACACGUGGGAAGUCGACGACCAGUUCCUGUGGGGUUCGUGGCUUAUGGUCGCCCCCGUCGUUGAGCCCGGGCAGACGUCUCGUGGAGUGUACUUCCCGCCGGGUGUGUGGUACGACUAUUACACCGGCGUGGCGCUGAACGUGACGGAGGGGAGGAGGGUGACGAGGGCGGCUCCCCGCCCACACAUCCCUGUGUACCUGAGGGGCGGCGGGGUCUUGGCCACCCAGCCGCCCAGGGCCAACACCAAGCUCGCAAGGACUGAGCCCCUGGGACUGAUCGUAUCCCCGGACUGGGAGGGUCGAGCUACCGGGACGUUAUACUGGGAUGAUGGAGAAUCAAUCGAUCCCGUGGCGUCGGGGGAAUACUUCACUGCUCAAGUCACAUACUCACAAGAGAGGAUAACGUGGACGGUGGAACACUACGGUACAGUUGUGGAGGGCUUGGUGUUGUCGGACGUCCGGGUGAUGAAUGUGGCCGCCCGGCCCUCGCUCCUCCUGGUCGAUGGUGCCACCUGGCCCUCCGGCGACUGGCACUAUGAUGCUGCUACUGGGGAGCUGAAGAUGUUCGACCUGGGGAUUUCUGUGGUGAGGAACUUCACACUAUCCUGGACUGACAAGAUGAGCUUCCAGCUUCCUUGUCCUCUCUCCUACAGCAAUUGGGACGAGACUGUACCAGUUACUGAGCAACUGUGCAAGGCGAGGAACUGUGUUUGGGACCAGUCAAGCAAGAUACCGUGUUCGAUUCCUCCGCUGUCCGACUACGGCUUUAUGUUCGCUGACGGCGUGGUGGAGAGGACUGAGGAUGGAUUCCGGACAGUGUUGAGGAAGAUGGGCGCCUCCUUGUAUGGCGGGGAGAUGAACAACAUCACCUUCCAGGCCUUCCUCUACAGCGACCACACUCUCAGAGUUAAGUUUUACCAAGCUGAGGAGAGCCGUUACGAGGUGCCAGUUGAGGUACGAGUGCCAGGGGGCGGUGCCAGGGACCCCCUGUACGAGGUGGCACUGCCCAGCCACCCACGACCCGGAGACCCCUUCUACUUCUACGUCGUCAGGAGAGACACUGGCACCAUCCUGUUCGACACGAGGAUCGGGGGACUGACGUUCUCGGAGCAGUUCCUGAGCAUCAGCAGCACGUUGCCCAGCAGGAACGUGUACGGCCUCGGGGAGAACGCCCACCACACCUUCAGGCACCACCUGGGAGGGAAGGUGUGGCCCGUCUUCUCCAGGGACCAGGGGCCCGUCCCAGGGGUGGAGCGGGAGGUGAACCUGUACGGGGCGCAGCCGUACUACCAGUGCCUGGAGAACGACGGACGCGCGCACGGCGUCCUCCUCCUCAACAGCAACGCCAUGGACUACCAGCUUCUGGAGUACCCUGCCAUAACCUUCCGGACCAUCGGCGGGGUCCUGGACCUGUACUUCAUGCUGGGGCCGGAGCCGGAGACCGUAGUGGCGCAGUACACCAGCCUGCUCCAGCGCCCGGCCAUCCCGCCCUACUGGGCCCUCGGCUUCCAGCUCUGCAGGUACGGAUACGCGUCCCUGGAGGAGAUGCAGGAGGCGGUCAACAGGACGAAGGAGGCUGGAAUCCCACAGGACGUACAGUACGGGGAUAUAGACAUCAUGGACCGCCGGAUGGACUUCACACUCGACCAGAGGAACUUCGGUGACCUCCCCGGGUACGUGGAGGACCUCCAGGCAGGUGGAGUGCACUUCAUCGUCAUCCUUGACCCCGCCAUCAACGCUCAGCUGUCGGCCGAAGAGUACCCGCCCCAUGCCCGCGCCCUCGCGGCCGGGGCGUACGUGACGUGGGCGCCGGAGACGAAGGAGGAGGUGGUGCUGGCCAACAACGGUGGAGGCUUGGCCAGCAACGGCGGAGGCUUGGCCAAUAACGGUGGAGGCUUGGCCAGCAACGGCGGAGGCUUGGCCAGCAACGGUGGAGGCUUGGCCAGCAACGGUGGAGGCUUGGCCAACGUCAUGCUGGGAUACGUGUGGCCAGACAACAGGACAGCCUUCCCAAACUUCUUCAAGGAGUCUGCCAAGAACUGGUGGAUGCAGGAGAUCAAGAAUUUCUACACCACACUCAAGUUUGAUGGCCUGUGGCUUGACAUGAACGAGCCCGCCAACUUCGGCACCAACGAGCGCCAACCAUGGAACUGGCUGGAAGGUUCGCCGCCCUGGAGCUUGACCUGCCCCAACUCCACCUGGGACGACCCUCCCUACGUCACAAAGGCUGGAGCCCAGGGGCCGAGCAGGAGGAUGUCCGACAAGACCUUGUGUCUAGCGGCCUCGAUGGAGCCCUUCCGCCACUACGAUGUCCACAACCUCUACGGCUGGGCACAGACGGAGCCAACCUACAGAGCGCUGCAGGAGGUGACGGGCCAGCGAGGACUGGUGGUGACGCGGUCCACCUUCCCCGGGACAGGCCAGUGGGCCGGCCACUGGCUCGGAGACAACCGGUCCAACUGGACCGACAUGGCCCACUCUAUCAUAGGCAUGCUGGAGUUCAACAUGUUCGGGGUGCCGUACGUGGGCGCCGACAUCUGCGGGUUCUUCGGGAACACGACGGAGGAGCUGUGUGAGCGGUGGAUGGAGCUCGGGGCCUUCUACCCCUACAGUCGCAGCCACAACCACAAGGACGCCGUGGACCAGGACCCAGGAAUAUGGCCCGAGACUGUUGCGAAGUCGUCGAGGAAGGCUCUGGAGAUUAGGUACCGCUUACUGCCCUACUUCUACACUCUCUUCUACCACGCCCACACACAGGGCCACACCGUGGUCAGGCCACUUCUGCACGAGUUCCCGCUGGACCGGCGGACCCUGGGAGUAGAUGACCAGUUCCUGUGGGGGCCCGCCUUCAUGAUCUCCCCCGUCCUCAAGUCUGGGGCGGUGGAGAGACGUGUCUACUUCCCCCAUGACUUUUGGUACGACUACUAUACGGGAAAGCCGGUGGAGUGGCCAGGGGAGUACGUGACGGUGUCCGCUCCCAGGGACGUGAUCCCCCUACACAUCCGUGGGGGUCACAUCCUGCCGACGCAGCGACCAGCUCUCAACACCAACCUGUCGAGGAAGGAGCCGCUCGGGGCGCUGGUGGCCAUAGGAAUGAACAGGAGGGCGUCAGGACAGCUCUUCUGGGACGACGGAGAGGCAAUCGACACCGUUGGACGGAGGAGGUACAGCCUGGUCCAGUUUACCUUCGUCCAGAGCGUGUUGACGAUGAGAGUGGUGCAGGACCUGGUCGAGGAUCUCCACGGACUCAAGAUGAUGGACUUGGAGUUCUUAGGCGUGGAGAAUGAACCCUCUGGGAUCCUCCUCAACCACAAAGAACACCCUCUCCACUCCUCCACCUACGAGGCCGACUCCAUGAGGCUUCGCAUCUCCGUGGAAGUCGACCUCAACACGGAUUUUAUCCUGGAGUUGAAGGGCAUCUGGAAGUACACCGUUGACCUUGAUUAAAAGAUAAGAGAACACUCUGGGCGUUAUCCAAAUCUCAAAAGUAUUUGAGAUUUGGAUAACCGGAUAAUAUUUGGAUAAUAUUUACCGUUGUAAAAGAAAAUUAUAGCCCUUUGGUUGUUUACAUUUUACCGUUCUUCACUCUAGGGCGGGAUGAUUGUUACGGUAUCAUCACGUGACCCGACGCCACACUCAAGUGUCAUGCAGCAAAUGGUGAAAUUUGAAUAUAUUCAUGAGUGUUGUCACAGUAUUUAUAGUUCAUAAGUGUUGUCACAGUGUUUAUAGUUCAUAAGUGUUGUCACAGUGUUUAUAGUUCAUAAGUGUUGUCACAGUGUUUAUAGUUCAUAAGUGUUGUCACAGUGUUUAUAGUUCAUAAGUGUUCUCACAGUAUUUAAAGUUCAUAAGUGUUCUCACAGUAUUUAAAGUUCAUAAGUGUUGUCACAGUGUUUAAAGUUCAUAAGUGUGUAUUUGCCAUCAAAUGGCUUAAUAUUGAAAGAUACUGAAAAAAUUAUUCAUUAUAAAAUAAAGCACAAAAAUAGAACACAAAAAAGCUUUGAUUUAAAGAAAAUAUGACAUGCUGUGCAGUGCAGAAAAUAUGUGACAUAUGAUGAAAUUAGUUUAUAAUGCAAUAAGACUAACUAUCAAUGAACAUUAUGAAAGGAAGUCGUGAUCCUUGAGCUGCAGAAAGCCUCAACAAUGGUCACAAUGAGAACCAGGAAACAAACAUCACAGUCUAGUGUUCUUACUAUAUAUGUCUUUAUAUAAAGACAUAUAUAAAUAUCAAUCACCGGUGGUAGCCUCUGAUUGGUUGGAGACCCUGAGAAAAGGGAGUGGGGUGCCUGGCACCCAUAGGCUUAGAGUGCCAUGUUGACCAGACCACACACUAGAAGUUGAAGGGACGACGACGUUUCGGCCCAUCCUGGACCGAAACAUACUUCAGCCACGUUAUUGUGACUCAUCGCCUCCUUAGAGUGCCAUAUUCCAGGCCUAGUUUAAAAUGAUUUGUUUUAAACCUGGAUAGGCGGGGCUUAAGAGAGCCAUAGUAAACUUAGUGGGUAGGGCCGGAGGGCUACCUUGAAGGAGUUGAGGAUUUUUAGAGUUAGUGUAUCUGGAGUGUCAGUGGAGGUAGUAACCUCAGGAGCUGAGGUUACGGGGGUUUGGGGUUUGAAGGGGCCUCGUAGCCUGGUGGAUAGCGCGCAGGACUCGUAAUUCUGUGGCGCGGGUUCGAUUCCCGCACGAGGCAGAAACAAAUGGGCCAACUUUCUUUCACCCUGAAUGCCCCUGUUAC